AUGCUCGCUUUGCGUUCCUACUUCACAGCCCUGGCUCUCAUCCUAGCCACCACCUCCGCCUCUCCCCUUAGCAAGCGCGAAAUCCAAUGGUCCUUCGAUCUCUUCCCCACAUCACAAUGCAAUCAAACCGGUGAUCUCCACACUGGCAUGGGCAGUACUGGAUGCCGCGCAGACCUCAACACUGUCGCCUCCGCAUACCGAUUAAACAUGGUCUCCGAGGGGUGUGAAAUCGAGUUCUUUGAUAACACAAUGUGCGAUGCGACCGAGACAACCUCCGAUAUCGCGGACUCUCUCAACACGGGAUUAUGUCGGGUCCCUGAACUCACUCGCCGAUACGGAUCGUAUCGUGUAACCUGUGAAGAGAUGGGCGAAUUGAAAUAA